AUGGGAUCAGGAUUGAGCAGUGUGGUCCUUGGCGCCCCUGGUGGUGGUGGUGGCGGGGGUCCACCACCCUACAGUACUGAUUGGGAGACAUCGCUUAGAACUAGAGUUUUCACUAACUAUUCCACACAGCAACGACCCUCACAAAGAGUGAUAGUCCAUGUUUCCUUCACGUUACUAACCAUUAAUGAUUUGAACAUUAAAGAUCAGACAAUGUCAUCAACAGGCUACCUAACGCUGAGAUGGAAAGACGAGCGUUUAAAAUGGGACACUGCACUAGAUGGUAACGACUACAGUAAUGUGAAGUUUCUCUUCAGCACCGAAUCAUACGUGUGGCGACCAGCUCUCAUUGUGGAAAAUUCUGUUGCUGAUGUGAAAAUCAUCAGUGAUGUAAACACCCCGAUGCGAAUACUGAGUACAGGGAGUAUCGAAUGGAGCCCUAUGGGACUGUACGUUGUAAGUUGUGAGUCGGACAUCACCUAUUACCCUGUAGAUUCCCAAACGUGCUUCAUCAAAAUCAGCUCCUGGGGCUAUACAUCUUCUGAGAUAGACCUACAAAUGAAAUUCUCUACAAUUUCUCUGGGAUUCUACAGUCCCAAUGGUGAAUGGGAUUUGAUAUCGACUGUAGCUGAGGCCUCGGCUGCCAAGACUAGAGGUGACUUCAGUUUCCCGAGCCUCACAUUUACUGUAACCGUGCAGAGAAGACUCCUGUUCCACACACUGAACACUCUUUUUCCCGUGGGCCUCAUGGCUUUUCUUAUCCCCAUGGUUUUCAGACUUCACUCCGAGUCAGGAGAGAAAAUUGGGUUUUCCUUGACCGUUCUCUUGGCGUAUGCUGUGUACCUGACUAUGAUAUCGGACAGUAUCCCCAGCACCUCCUUCACGCCAUGUUACUUAUCGAUCUAUUUGGUCUUUAUCCUGGCUAUAUCCUCCAUCUCGGUUCUCUGUACCAUUCUCGUACUGAAUUUCAACUUUGGAACCGAUGCAGAUCCCAUUCCAAACAUUACUCGGAUAAUUGUGGUCUCCAUCAUUGCUCGAAUGAUUUGCUGGAGGCAAAAAAGUUGUCGGCCUCGGAGAAAAGUUGCAAAUUCUACAGUAGAGCUUAUUCAAGAUUUUCAGUCCACAGAGUCAGCCGAGCAGAAAGAUGACUUGUCAAGCGAGACAGAUGACGUCACAUGGCAGGAUCUGUCAACCAUUAUGGACAGGGCUUUUUUCAUACUUUUCUCAGUUUUGAUUGCACUAGCUACUGUUAUGUUUAUUUCUGUUGUUUUUUCGGAACGUGCUUCCUCCUAAAACUUACUUUUUUGCUGCUUACUGUGUGUAUGAUACCAUAAAUAUGUUAAGGUGUUUCAACCCUUACAAUAUCAAUGGCUCAAAACGGCAUUUAUUUUAUUUUAGUUUUGAUAAAUU